AUGGUGGCUCAGAGCUGCUCGGAGGCGCAGGAUCCUGGGGGAACCGCCACCCCUUCUCCCCUCUUUUCAUGUGGAUGGGAAUUAGGAGCAAAUGCUUUACCAGGACGGGGGGCAGCAGAGGAGGCCCUGCGCUUGGAUUUCAUUGUGACAGUGGUCUUCUCGUUCUUGUGGCUAGUGGGCUCAUCUGCUUGGGCUAAAGGACUGUCAGAUGUAAAGAUUGCGACCGACCCAGACGAAGUGCUAUUACUGAUGUCUGCCUGCAAACAGCAGUCCAACAAAUGCUUGCCUGUUCGCAGCCCUGUUAUGUCAAGCCUCAACACUUCGGUUGUCUUUGGCUUCUUGAACUUUAUCCUCUGGGCAGGCAACAUUUGGUUUGUGUUUAAGGAGACAGGCUGGCAUUCCUCCGGCCAGCGGCACGCUCCGGACACCAUGGAGAAGCAGACCAGCAGCUACAACCAAGGUGGCUACAACCAAGACAGCUAUGGGCCGGCCGGUGGCUACAACCAGCCGGGCUCCUACGGCCAGGUGGGUGAAUACGGCCAGUCCCAGAGCUACGGCCAGAGUGGGCCAACCUCCUUCACUAAUCAAAUUUAGGGUUCACGCAGCACAAGCUCUUGCAU